GAGGAGUGGACGGAGGCCAUCCCUGCUGCAUAAAUCUGCUCUCCAAUAACAAAUGCAGUGCAAGGACAAUGGAUGAGGAUGUCACCAGGCUUUCAAUACAUUCUGAAGAGCCUAAAAUAAUAUUACACGGAUCGGGUAAUUAGCCAUGCUUGUAUUAAUGCUUGUUUAUACUUAAGACAGAGAGCUUAUGGUACGUAAGAUAUAGUGGGUAAUUGAAGAAGCAGGAUUCCUAGUUUAGCCAGAUAACAUGAUGUGAUUUACAUAAGAGGAAGUUUUAUAGUGAUGCAUGCAUGAUGUUGAGCCAUCAGUACUUAAGGGAUGCUCUGCAUGCUUAUCUGGCUAACUGGGUAAUCCUGCCUCUUCCAGAUGAGGGUGGUGCCGACGGGCAGGAGUUUGUUGUGGAGCUUCAAGAGACUGUGUUGGUGUCUGAGGGCGAGGGUGAAGGCAUGGCGGUGCACAGGUUUGCCCCAGACGAGCUAGUCAUCCAGGAUGCUGUUGAGGAUGUGGUAUCUGAGUAUGUGCACUGCGAUGAAGAUGAAGAUGUCGCUGUAGAAACCUGCGUAAUGGCCUUGGACGGUGAGGAGGAAGGCGUCGCCAUGGGUGACAUCCCCGAAGACGGCCUCGACCCCGAAGAGCAGGACGACGAUCAAGAUGGCUGUGGAGAUUAUCUGAUGAUAUCCUACGAAGCUGGUAAAAUGGUGUCGGAGGAUGGCACAGAAGUAACCGUGGAAGGAGCUGUGGAGGACCAGGAAGUGGAGAAGGACGAGGACGGACAAGAAGUGAUAAAAGUGUACAUCUUCAAGGCUGACUCCGGAGAGGAUGACAUGGGAGAGUCUGUCGACAUCAGCGAUGGGGACAUGGACAAUGUGGCGCUGACAGAGUCUUCGGGCCAAACACUUCGAGAGAAGAUGGUUUACAUGUCUGUUGGCGACUCUCAUCACCAAGGAAACCACGGUGUGGAGGACAGUGAGAGCUGCGAAAACGGCAAUGGAGCAGCGAGCGCAUUUCUGCACAUCGACGAAUCUGAUGGCGUUGACGAAGUUGGCCGACAGCGCAACAAGACCAAGCGACGAUCUGAGCCUCGACAAGUCCAAACAGCCAUCAUCAUCGGUCCCUACGGUCAACCUCUGACAGUAUAUCCCUGCAUGCUCUGCGGUAAAAAGUUCAAAUCGCGAGGUUUCCUGAAACGGCACACCAAGAAUCAUCACCAGGAGGUUCUGACCAGGAAAAAGUACCAGUGCACAGACUGUGAGUUCACCACCAACAAGAAAGCCAGCCUCCAUAACCACAUGGAGGUGCACGCCCUGAGCAGCAAAGCGCCCUUCGAGUGUGAAAUGUGCGGCAAGGAGUUCCACCAACAGUCGGCGCUUUUCUCCCACCGACUGCAGCACCACCACCGGGAGCCAAAGAAUCAGCCGCCGCCGCCGCCGCCCGCCAAGACGCACAAAUGCAAGUUCUGUGAUUACGAAACUGCUGAGCAAGGACUGCUCAACCGACACUUGUUGGCCGUUCACAGCAAAAGCUUCCCGCACAUCUGUGUGGAAUGUGGCAAAGGCUUCCGUCACCCCUCGGAGUUGAAGAAACACAUGCGCACGCACACGGGCGAGAAGCCUUACUCCUGCAUGUACUGUGACUACAAGUCUGCUGACUCGUCUAACCUCAAGACUCACAUUAAGACAAAGCAUAGCAAGGAGAUGCCAUACAAGUGCGAGCGCUGUUUCCAGACAUUUGCAGAGGAGGAGGAGCUGAACCAGCACGGACUGACACAUGAGGAGAAUAAGACCCACCAUUGUGCCCACUGUGACCACAAAAGUUCCAACUCCAGCGACCUAAAACGCCACAUCAUAUCUGUGCACACCAAGGACUACCCGCACAAAUGUGCAGUGUGCGGCAAGGGGUUCCACCGGCCGUCUGAGCUCAAGAAGCAUUCUGUCGCCCACCGCACCAAGAAACUCCACCAGUGCCGACACUGCAACUUCAAAAACGCAGACCCUUUUGUCCUCAGUCGCCAUAUUUUGUCUGUCCACACCAAGGAGCAGCAGGCCUCCCCUGAAAGGAGCGAGGCCAAAAGGACAGAGACAAACGCUCCUGUGGCGGCCCCUAAAAAGGCUGCAUCUAGCGGCUCUGCUGCCGCCGGCCAGCCCGCUAGAGUUAGUGCAGCCAGCUUAGCCAGCAGCGUGACUGUGGUUAUUGGCAAAGGACAGAAAGAACGUAGAAUCUACCAGUGUCAGUACUGUGACUACAGCACGGGGGACGCUUCGGGAUUCAAGCGACACGUUAUUUCUAUCCACACAAAGGACUACCCGCACCGCUGCGAGAUCUGUUCUAAAGGCUUCCGGCGACCGUCGGAAAAGAACCAGCAUAUCAUGCGCCACCACAAAGAUGUGGUCCAGGCAGAGUGAUAAGACUGUGUGACUAUCACACACCAGCCACUGCACCACUAACCUUGAAAUCAUGUGGCGCUUAUGCUGCACUUAGCCUGUCCUCUUGUUUACUUCUCUUUUACAUGGUCAGCCUCUGAGUCUCAUAACAUGUAUGUACAUGUACAUAACACAACGCUCUUGGGGAGCAGCAGAACAGUAGACUUGCACUUUGAACCGCAUGCUCCAUGCUGAAGGACAGUUUGCAUGGCAGAUGGUGCAAAUGUCUGUUUUCAUGACACUUGUUUUUCAUUUUGCAGACCGCAAUCACAAAACGGAAGUCUCCAUACUUUAAUUACCAAACCGAUCACAGCACUUGACAACCCAGUAAAGGUGAAUGCAAUUAUCAUAAGGUGUAUGCUAUUUGUGUGCGAGUGACAUAUAACAAGCAUCUCUUGUGCUUCCUGGUGCUCAAACCGCCACCUCUGUAACAUAUUGUGACAAAAUACACAAGGACUCUUGUGUACAUCUCACAAUCCAGUCACACUUUAGAAAUAAACUAAAGAAACCAUGGACAGACCUUCCUGGAUUUUGCAAUCAUGCAAAUUUUCCACAGUUUGGCCUAUCAAAUUUGACCCUGAGCAGUGCUAAAAUGCGCUCAACUGUCUAACAAAUCAAAUGUGACAGAGCAUCCACUGUAGUUUGUUUCUUACGCAGACAAACCAGGAAGAGAAACGUUUAUCGCAACAUUUUAUUGUCCUCUCUUCCUUACUUUUAUUGACCAAGAUAUGGACGUGUGAUAAUAAUUUCUCAUUGUUUCUUACAACAAAUCCCCCCCGGUCAAGAUAGCGUUCAACAGUUCCCCAAUAUUGUCAACCAAAGCAAUGUGUUGGAACAUGAACAAAAGUUCUCAAAUGUGAGAAAUACACAGAAAAGGUGUGCAACUUGUGGAUAAUAAGGGGCCUUUGGUGCUGCUGUUUUUUGUAAUAAUUACAGUCGGGAAUCUUUGGCCACCUCAUGAUUCGAUUAGGAUUACGAUUUAGGAGCUAUGAUUCGAUUAAAAAUCAAUUAUUGAUGCGUCUUUAAUUUAUGUAUACUGAUGCAGUUUAAAGGAGAACUGCACUUUUUGGGGGGAAUUUUAUCUAUUGUUCACAAUCAUUAUGUGACACAAGAAGACCAAAGUUAAUUUUUUCCCGCUUUCUAACAUCUUCAAAUUGGCUCGUUUUAGGUGGCUAGCAAUGCAGCUAAUGGGAGCAAUCAAUUUUACCUCUAAAUCACUUUAAGAAUGCAUU